AUGGAGCCCCCAAGAGCACGGGGAACAGGCCGCUCCGGCCCGCGCAGACGAACAGGCUGCUUGACCUGCAGAUCGCGAAAGGUUCGAUGCGACGAGGCGAAACCACACUGCGCCAAUUGUACUCGACUCCGGCUGGGAUGUAUCUACGACCAAUUCUUUUUCGGGAGGGUCAUGCCGCGACGGCGGAGUAGGACUGCCACUGUUUCGGAGAGCGAUAGCUCAGGGACUCCGGGCCCACCGCUAGUACCGGCAGCAGAGGCACCAGCGACGGUGUCAGUCGAAGAGACGUCGACAAUCGGGACUCCGGGACGUGCGAAUGUUAAUUUCUUGGACACAGUGCUACGAGCGGACGAGCAGCGACAGCGGGAAUUCGGGACAGGCGAUAAUGCUGGAGGGUCGGGUCUGACAGGACCAUUUGAUAUGCUUGGUUUCAUUGGGGAGAUAACAUCUGAGUUGGGACAAAAGCAGUUGAAUAUCCUUAAUGGGGUUUCGGAUUUUGUCAGUCCGACGUUGGCCAGUUCUGGCGAGCAGCAGACAUCGAUAAAUGAUGGGUUCCCGACAGAACCCAUAGACGGAAUUCAUGCAGAGACACCCGAGGUGUCAGUUUCAGAGGACGGGACUCAAGCGACAUACGAGGAACAAUUGCUAAUGUACUUUCUGGAAAUCGAGUCGCUUCCAACGAUCUUUGGACCGGUCAAUAUGGAAUGGAAGUACGCGCGUCCAGCUCUGCUAUCGCAGUCGCUAGACUCUUAUCCGCUGUUGAAUGCCGUAUAUUGCUAUGCGGAUGUGCACAAGGCGAUCAUGGAGGGGAAACGAUGGAAAUUGGCACCGACGUAUCAUCGGCGAGCCAGCCUGGGCAUCCAAGAAUGUAUCCUGGGAGACGUGGACGAGUCAAUACUGAAGAGGGUAUUUGCGGCAGUGUUUCUGCUCAUGCUGUCUGAGCUGCUCUCUUCCCCCGAUUUGUGCCGUCCCGGGACCUCGUUUCUGCACUCUGCAUAUCUACUGCUCCAACGAUUCCGCAAUCGAACAAAGCCAUGGACCGGACUGGCGCACCUGACAGUGUCGUGGGUUUCCUUGCUGGAUGUCAAGGCAUUAAUCGCAGGCCGCGAUGGCGAUCCUCUUAUCGAAUUGGGCCAACUUUCGGAGCCUAAUCUGAGUUGGCAUGCGGAUAAUAGCAGCAUGCAUUCUGCACGAGCAAAGGAACCCAACGGUGACAAAGAUCUACUUUCGAGGCCGGGCUAUCUCAUUUAUGAUGCUAUCGCGGGACCCGUAUUCCGAUUCUACAUCCAAGCGCAGCAAGUCAUCCGGCGCAUAAUCUACAUCGAUCUUCACCACCGUAGCCGCGGGACACUCUCUGACGAAUUCGAAGUCUUGCAGAUUGCACACAAGGUCGGCGCAGACCUCGAAACGCUCUGGAACCGUCGGCCGCGGGUGCUGGACAUAUAUGACAAACCGGAAGAACUGUUUGACACACUGAGCCCGCCUGUUGCCAUCGAGAUCUGUCGUACAUUCAGACAGUACGUAGCCAACUUCCUUGCCAGUUUCAUCUACCUGCAUCGAGUUGCGUUUGCUAUCUACCCCCGGACAGACCGAGUGCAUGGUGCAGUGGACCAGAUCAUCCAGCUAGCAAGAGUUGAGACUGCUCAGCAAGAGCAGGGAAACUUGGUGCCAAUGAGCUUCAUCUGGCCAUUAUUUGUGGCCGGCUUGGAAGGGUCGUUAGAGCAGCGAAGGUGGAUUGUACAGGAGAUGCGACGGAUGGCUGAAAACGCGGCUGCACCGCAGCAGAGACAUCCCAACGCGACGCAGGCGCUGAUGCUGCUAGCAGAGAUGACACGGCGGCAGGAUGAGUCUCGGACGGGCGCGGACUCGCGAUGCGUAAGACGGGAAUUGUUUGCUGAUUCUUUCGUAAUGAUAUGA